UCCACCGUGCCAGCGCCAUGCCUAUGACACUGGGUUACUGGGGUUUCCGCGGGAUGACUCAUCCCAUCCGCCUGCUUCUGGAAUACACAGACUCAAGCUAUGAGGAGAAGAGAUACACCAUAGGGGACGCUCCUGACUAUGACAGAAGCCAGUGGCUGAGUGAGAAAUUCACACUGGGCCUGGACUUCCCCAAUCUGCCCUACUUAAUCGAUGGGGCUCGCAAGAUCACGCAGAGCAACGCCAUCUUGCACUACAUUGCCCGCAAGCACGACCUGUGUGGGCAGACAGAAGAGGAGAAGAUCCGUGUGGACAUUGUGGAGAACCAGGUCAUGGACACACGCAUGCAGUUCUUCAUGCUCUGCUUUAACCCUGACUUUGAAAAACAGAAGCUAGAGUACCUGCAGGACCUCCCCGAGAAGAUGAAGCUCUACUCACAGUUCCUGGGGAAGAGGCCAUGGUUUGCAGGGGACAAGAUCACCUUUGUGGAUUUCCUGGCCUAUGACCUGUUUGACCUGCAACGUAUGUUUGAGCCCAAAUGCCUGGAUGCGUUCCCAAACCUGAAGGACUUCUUGUCCCGCUUUGAGGGCUUGAAGAAGAUCUCUGCCUACAUGAAGUCCAGCCGCUACCUCCCUACACCUGUGUUUGGGAAUAUGGCCCGUUGGAACUCAAAAUAGGACAAAAUGCCAAGACAUUAAGGGGAGACUCACAGCUGCCAUUGUUGGCUUGGGUUCUAGGGCAUAGCUUGGUCUCUGCACCAAACUGGGACCAUUUUCUCAUCCUUUCUCCUCCAUUUUAUUCCCUUCUCCUUCAUUUUUUUCGACUCAACACUUCAUGUAGUCAAGCCUGUUAAGCUUUAGCUCCCCACAUUUUCCUGGUAAGCCUGCUCCUCCCUUUCCUUGUUCCUGCUCUAAAUCCAGACACUCCUCUUCUCUGCUUGGAGGAGCUCGAUUGACCUUGAGUUCCCUGCAAUGCCCAAAAGUCUAGUCUUGCCUGAUAUACAGGCCCUGGUCCCAGUGUGGGGUGCCCCAGACCUGUGU